GACAUGGAUCAGAUGGUGACAAAUUCAUAGCCAGGUACUGGUGGUCAUGGAAAAAUGAACCAGUUAGACCUUUAAAGACUCACUCCAAUGAAAACUGAGUUUUUGAUGUUUUAGCAUUUUUCUCAUGAUGAAGAACUUAAAGAAAAUUUAGCUUAGAAUUGAAUUUUUGAGUAUUUCUUUUACUCAUAUGGCUCUGACAUUGUUUCCCAUUUUUGUUGUACCGGUAAUGUUAGGUUGAGGGCAUUAGGGGCUGUAAACCAGUGGGAGAAAGUGUAAACAAAGGGAUGAUGGGAAAUGAGGGAAGGCUGACUCCAUUCCUAGUCUUACCCACAACUCAAAGGCAAAUUUUAAAUGAACUCCUGACCCUCUGCAUAAACCAUGUACCAGAAACUGACAAGUUUUGGGGUAAAAAUGGCAUAAUCUUAAAUAAAAGACAACAGGAAAUUAUUUUAAAAUAAGUCAAAUAACGAUCGGAGUGGGAUGCCUUGAGUGCACCAGACGAAUAAUCUUCUCUGUGAAUCAUAUCUUAAUGUGAUAGCAGAAAUAUUUAAGCUUUUUUAGUGCAACAAUACACAAAUGAAAGCAAAUUAUUGGGUGUUUUUCUCUAGCAAACAAAGAAAUAAACUUUUACUAAAGCUUAUGCCUAAUUCAUAAACAAUUAGUUCACAAAAAAUACUGUGAGGCUGUUAGAAUAGCUUAAAACAACUCCUGGAAGAAUAUUUUGUUUUUUAAAGCUUUGCCCAUAAAAAGAAAAAAAUCCCAUGGAUUUUGGUAUCAUAGCUCCUAAUUAAAGCCUGCUUACGUUGGCGCUUGUCUGGUUCAGGUUAAGGUGUAAUUACAUGACAGGAGAGUUCAGCCCAACUAAGCUGGGAGGAAGCACAAUCACUGCAGCCUCUGGUUUCCUGUGCAGCAGCAGCAGCAGCAGCAGAGUCAAGUACAUGGGUGUGAGGGAAGAACAGGCAGCCCUGCACAGAGGAUAUGCAACCGACACUUUUAUAAAAGUUACACAUCUAAACUUUGCUUACUGGACCCAAAAAGUGAGUAAACAGCAGAGAUUUGUGGGGAGCUGCCUGCAGAGUUUCAAACUCCCCCAACAACAUCUGGUGUGCUGCUGGAGGACGGGGCGAUCCGGAGAGGGACUGGAGGCGGAGAGAAGGCUCUGUCUGCUGGAGGAGAAAAUGCUCUGAAGCUGGACGGACUUUCUGUCACCUGCAUGAACCGAGGAAAAGUGGAGGGAUUGUUGUGAGGAGACGAGUGGAGAAGAGAUAAAAGGAUGAAUUAGUCCCAACUUGAUUCCGAGUUGCAGCCAGAGAGGCGGCGGAUUUAACUCCUCAGAAAAACCAGGCCACAAGCCAUGGAUGCAGAGAGGAGGUCCACUCCCGUCUCUCCAAGGCCGGCUGAGGAGGAGAACCCCGGUGUGGAAGCUCCAAACUCACAUCAAGACCUAAAUUCAAAGGGAGAAGAUGGCUCCCUGGACCCCAAACUUUGUACAAGUGAGGAUGUGACUCCCACGUACACUGAGCCCCUCAUAUUGAGGGUAAAUGGCACACUGGCCACUCUGCAUGUGGAUGAUGGAGAAAAUUGCAAGAACAACACGAGUAUUUCACAAACAGAGCUUUCAACACCAAACAAGAGUAUUAUUACAUCUCCACCUGCUGCUCGAUCCACCCCCAUCCACCCCACACAGCCGUGCCGGUCGCAGCCCCACAGUCAGCUUCGCAACGGAGCCAAGAGCCUGGAGCACGUGCACUGCCCUCACACGCACUGUUUGAAUCACACGCCGCACGCCUUUCAGGCCAACCCCGUCAGGAACGGGGGCUCUCACAGACAUCCAAAGCUGGGCUCUCUGCCUCGAGGCGGCUCGUCCACCUCCUCGUCUUCAUCAGCGGGGCCCAAAUACUCCAGGAAACUGCAGUCUAACCCCUCCAUCACCUCACAGAGCAGCAAGAGGAGCAAGAGCAGCUCCAAGAGCAACAGCUCCCAGAUUCCUACGGAAGCGCAGGAUGACUGCUGCGUUCACUGUAUUCUGGCCUGCCUGUUUUGUGAGUUCCUAACGCUGUGCAACAUUAUGCUGGACUGUGCCACCUGCGGCUCCUGUGCAGGCGAGGACUCGUGUUUCUGCUGCUGCUGCGCGUCGGAGGAGUGCGGCGACUGUGACCUGCCCUGUGACAUGGACUGUGGCAUCAUCGAUGCCUGCUGCGAGUCAGCAGACUGCCUAGAGAUCUGCAUGGAGUGCUGCAGCCUUUGCUUCUCCUCCUGAGGUCUGGCGUCCCCUUUCGAGUGUGCGGGCCGAGCCUUUGGCUCUUUGCUGAACCAGCCAUUAUCACGAUUGAGCCCCUCGUGCCGUCGGAAUUACUGGAGUUCUUCAAGCAUGAAAAAUGACCUUCGAGAGGCAAAUGAGAAAGCGGGUCCGUUUAACCAGAUUUCAGUGUUUUUCUGUAGAUAAAAGGAGCAGCAUAAUGGAAAAAUGGACAAUCAGAUCUCAGUAAAAACAUAGUCUGUCCUUGGCAAGGUUAAACUCUGCCAGUCUGAUUGCUUACAGUGGCCUUUGUGAAAUACAGACACUGAGUAGGAGGGGCUAAAUCUCUCCUCUGUCUUUGUUAUUCUUCAUUGAACUAAAGACAUAAAUGGUGGUUUGUGGCAA